AUGGCCCAGCAAACACAACCCAAGCCAAACAAAGGCGAGUUCCUCGAGUUCCAGAGUCUUCCUGACAUCAUCAAGACGGAAGAGGAAUGUGAAGAAUUGCUCUCCCGCCCGCCGGCAUGGCUCCCGGCGCUUCUCGAAGGUGUGGAAGGAGACAUCAUGUUCCUCGGGGUCGGCGGCAAGGUUGGUCCCACGAUUGCCCGCAUGGCCAAGCGUGCGGUGCCGUCCAGGCGAAUCAUCGGGGUGGCCCGGUUCUCGGAGAAAGGGCUCAAGGAACGGCUUGAGAGCUGGGGAAUUGAGACCAUCACGGCCGAUCUGUUGGACCCGGCCUCGAUUGCCAGCCUCCCGAAUUGCCCCAACAUUGUGUACAUGGCAGGCAAGAAAUUCGGCACCGGCGACGACGCGAGCUUCACUUGGGCCAUGAACACGCACGUCCCCGCGCUGGUCGCCGAGCGGUUCAAGGGCUCGCGCCUGGUGGGCUUCUCGUCCAUCUGCGUCUACCCUUUCGUCUCGGUCUACGGCGGCGGGUGGGACGAGCAGGGACACGCCGGCGGCGACGAGGAGACGGCCGAGUCCGGACCCGUCGGCGAAUACCCGUCGAGCUGUGUCGGGCGCGAGCGGAUAUUCACCUAUUUCUCCAAGAAAUACGGCACCCCGGGCCGGCAGAUGCGGCUCAACUACGCCAUCGACAUGCGCUACGGCGCGCUGUACGACAUUGCAACCAUGGUUCGGAGGGGAGCUCCCGUGCCCAUCAAGACGGCUUAUGUCUCUGUCAUCUGGCAGGGGGAUAGCAAUGCACAGAUCCUCGGGGCGCUGGCACAUACGACCUCGCCGACUAGCGCCUUGAACAUUGGCGGUCCCGAAUACACCAGCGUCCGCAUGCUGGCGCACGAGUUCGGGCGCCGGUUCGGCAUCGAGCCAAAGUUCGAGGGUGAAGAGUCCCCGUACGGCUACCACAACCACAGUCUCGCGGCGCAGCGCCUGUAUGGAUACCCGGUCGUGCCACUGGCUCGGAUGAUCGACUGGGUUGCCAGCUGGGUUCAGCGGGAUAUGCCUUCGUCGAACAAGCCAACCCAUUUCGAUGAGCGCGCUGGAAAUUACUAA